GUUGAAGAAGAGCAGGAGCGGCUGCAGCAGCAUGAGUCUCUUGUGCAUCCUGUGGCUGAUGAUGGUUUCUGUGGCCCCUGGAAGCUGGGGCCAAAGGCUGAGGACGCCUGAGGAGGAACAGACAACGGCCGAUGCUGAGCUGGAAGAAAAACACGCAAUCUGCUACAUGGAAGGAUGCUAUGCUGUUUUCUUCCAGAAGAAAAUCUUCAGGGAAGCUGGGCAAUCCUGCCGGGAGCGCGGUGGGACCCUGGCAACGAUGCAUACCUAUGAAGCAGCGGGCGUGGUUCAUAAACUGAUGUCGACCGUUGAUGCACAAGGCACCAGGUCCAGGUUUCGUCUCUGGAUUGGACUGCACAGACCUCCGCGCCAGUGUUCAGCCACCCGACCGCUCCGAGGAUUCGUCUGGGUCACAGGAAAUCAGGAAGGUCAAUUCACCAACUGGAUUCGUGAAGAAAUGCCCAAGACAUGUGCUGCCCAUCGCUGCGUGGCCAUGACUGUAAACACGUCAGAGAGCGAACGAGAGAGCACAGCUAACUACAAGUGGGCUGAAGGCCCCUGUGCGCUGCCCCUGGAUGGAUAUAUUUGUCAGUACAACCACAAAGCCACGUGUUCACCGCUCGAAGAGGAGGGCAGAGGUCCAGCUGUUUAUACAACCCCGUUUAAACUGGUCAGCACCCUGCUGACCCAUGUGCCAUUUGGAUCUGUAGUUACCAUGCCCUGUCCUACAGACAGAUCAGACCCAGAUGCUCCUAAUGAGCACGUCGUCCUGUGCAAGGAAAGAGAUAACGGGGUGGUGGGCUGGUCUACCGAUGCCCCUCUGUGUUCUUCUAGUUUAGCAACGCAGCAUCAGGACUGGUGUAGUGGAGACCACGGUUGUGAGCAUCACUGCCAGAACACGGACCAAACUUACUACUGUUACUGCUCUGAAGGGUUCAUCAUAGACGAGGAUGGCUACAGCUGCAAGCCUGAUCCCCUGAACCAAAAUGACCCACCUGAGCUGCCUCCUGAUUCUGCUCUCCCCACUGACCAGCCCCAAAUCAAAAGGGUUUGUGUGGAGAUGGGGUGCGAGUAUGACUGUACAGAAACAUUUCGGGGCACCCGCUGCACAUGCCCCCCCGGCUACCAGAUAAGUCCCGAUGGUCGCAGAUGUUCUGAUGUAGAUGAAUGCCAACAACAACCAUGUCCCCAACUUUGUGUGAACACCCCAGGCACCUUCCACUGCAGCUGCUAUCAGGGCUUCCAGCCAGACAACGAGGGUGAGUGCGUGGAUGUAGACGAGUGCCUCGAUGAAGGCAGCUGCGAGGGCUCCUGUAAGAACACGAUUGGAUCCUUCUUGUGCCUGUGUGAACCCGGCUAUGCGAUGAGUGGUGAAGGAGAUUGUCUCGAUGUGGAUGAGUGCGCGCUGGAGUCACCCUGCGAGCACCAAUGUCUCAACCAAAUUGGGGGGUACCGAUGCGACUGUGACGACGGCUUUGACCUGCAGCCAGAUGGAAUAACCUGCCGACCUUCAAAUUAUGAUGAAGAAUAUUCCACUCUGACUCCUGACACCGGUACAUCUGAUGAGUAUGAUAUUCCUUGGUCCACCACUGACCCAUAUUUUAAAGAAGACAGCAAUAAUUAUGUCAACUGGCUGACAGAGGCCCCCGUGGGACUUACCCCUGAUAUGGCUCAUCAGUCAGAUAAUCACCUAAACCAGUGGGAUGACUUUUCACCAAGGCAAUACCAGACAGCACCAUCCCCAACACAAAAAAUUGCCAUCAACAAUGACAUAGAUCAUGAUGUUAAGACAAGAGGAGAAGAACCAAGUGGUGGGGUCAUAGUUGAAACAGCGAACGGGUCAUCCAGUGGUACAGCGGAGUCUGAGGCACCUAAGACGGACACCAACAGUACAGACGUGGUAGGAGGGUCUGCUGGUAAACGCAAGCAUGACAAGAGCUGGUUGCUGGUGGCUCUGCUGGUGCCGUUGUGUGUGUUUCUUGUAGUGAUGCUGGCUUUAGGAAUCGUCUACUGCACCAGCUGCGCAGUGGAUAAGAGCCUCCGCUUUUCGGACUGCUAUCGCUGGGUUCUCCCUACAACGCCUCCUCCGAGGAAAGAUGGCAAAACUCAAGCAUGA